AUGCCCAAUAAAUCGACUCCUCGAUCUCUGGAUGUCGAAAAGCAAGAUCACCACGACUCGGACAGCUCCAGAAACAACAGUGUAGACUCAAGUGGUCCCUUCGCUGGUCUCUCCGCCAAAGACAGGAUCCAUCAUUUUACGUGGGCAUGGUAUACUUUGACUAUGAGCACAGGUGGUAUUGCUACGCUGUUAGAGGGUCAGCCUCACAGUUUUCCUGGCCUGUUCGAGAUUGGUGUCUUCUUCUACGGCCUGAACCUGACCAUCUUUGCUGGAGUCACCAUAACGCUUAUCGUGCGCUUCAUAGCGCACCCGGGCGACCUUAUGAACUCCAUCCGGCAUGAAAGAGAAGGCCUUUUCGUCCCAACAUUCUUCCUCACAAUCGCAACUAUCAUCUCAGGGACUCACAGGUUCAUUGUUAUACCUUCUCGUGCUGGGGGCGAAAGUCCUGCGUCAACUUGGCUGCUUAUGAGCAUUGCUCUUGCGUACUGGGUCUACUAUGUAGCAACGUUCUGCUUAGCGAUCGCACAGUACGCUUACCUCUUCGCCGGGCACGACUAUCACUUGACCAAGAUGAUGCCGUCGUGGUUGUUGCCAAUCUUCCCGAGCAUGCUUUCUGGCACCAUUGCCUCGAUCAUUGCCAUCGACCAGCCCGUGUCGAUGCGACUUCCCAUGCUUGUUUCUGGUCUAGCAGCACAAGGUCUGGGCUUCUGGGUUGCUAUUCUCAUGUACGCCCACCUUAUCGGCCGUUUGAUGCAGGUUGGACUACCUAAUCGCGAGCAUCGAGCGGCUUUAUUCAUUGGCGUUGGUCCUCCAUCUUUCACUGCUCUCGCUCUUAUCGGUAUGUCGAAAGCGAUACCGGAUGAUAUCUACAUCCUGGGUAAUCCUGUGGACCCAUCUCUAUUUCGGACUGUCGCGACCCUAUGCGCCAUCUCUCUGUGGCUCUUGGCUUUCUGGUUCUUCUGUAUAACUGUCAUAGCCGUCGCCAUUCAGCCACCUAAAUUCUUCCAUCUUGGGAUGUGGGCAUGUGUAUUCCCAAACACUGGCUUUACCAUUGCGACCAUCAGCAUUGGCAACGCAUUGGACAACGAGGCAAUUAGAUACGUCGGAAACUCAAUGACGGUAGUCAUCGUUCUUAUGUGGCUCAUCAUUGUGUCAUUCCAAAUCCGCGCAAUCCUCAAGAAUCAUAUCCUUUGGCCUGGUCGGGACGAGGACGUUGAAGACUAG